AUGGCGAGGGAAGCAAGGGAUGACGGAGCCUCAAGUUCCCGUGAUGGUCUACUUGCCCAGAAAACAAGCGCUGAUCAAUGGAGGGUCCGAACUGUUACCAAGCUUUCCUGUUUUAACCCGGCCCCUGGGUUCGGGAUUUCCGGGAAGAAAGGGAACAACGCCUUGGCAGAGCAUGGCUUGCUGCGGGUCGAAGUUGUCGAAGUUACGAAGUGCUCCGUUGCGCUUGUACGGUGGCAAAAACCGAGUGUUAUCGUCCGAGUACGACCGGUCCCUUCACUAUGUGACCAUUCCAUGAAGCACAUGGCUUGCUGCGGCUGUGAAGGGAGGGUCGUGUGCCCAUCCGCGGACAUGAGCGCCUUCCGGGGGACCCUGGGCAAUCCCUGA